GCACUUGAGUGUAAUUCCAUGUGGGAGGAGGAGGAUGGGUUUAAGUGCAGCUAUCAGGUCUUUUCUUCUCACACGCUCCGCUGUGCGCACAGACUGAGGAGAAAAUCAAAGAGCGGGUCCACCUCCCCAUGCGAUGUGCAGCAGCUUCAACAUCUGUGAAGUGGCUGCCUCACCCGGUCGGACCGGAGGCCGUCUGGUCUCCGAUCUGGUCUCAGGAGUCAGCAGGGGAGACUCGACGCGCUCCGUUGGGGCCAGGCUGUGCGCCUCUCGGAUCACACCGGAGCCGGCGCGGGCUCUCGCCAUGGAGAUGAUGGAGGGGGACGUUAUGGACAAGCUGGGGGACAUGUCAUCGGUGUACGACUUUGACCCGAUCACCGGCAACAUUCCGGCCACGAAAGUGGAGAUCACCGUCUCCUGCAGAAAUCUGCUGGAUAAAGACACCUUCUCAAAGUCCGAUCCUAUGUGCGUACUGUAUACGCAGGGUGUUGAAACCAAACAGUGGAGAGAGUUCGGCAGGACGGAGGUGAUAGACAACACCCUAAACCCCGACUUUGUUAGAAAGUACAUCUUGGACUACUUUUUUGAGGAGAAACAGAAUCUCCGCUUUGACUUCUAUGAUGUGGACUCUAAAAGCCCAGACCUGUCCAAACAUCCCGCAGAACUCAAUGACUUUUUAGGUCAGAUGUUCUGCACUCUUGGGGAGAUCGUUGGAUCACCAGCCAGUCGACUGGAAAAACCACUGGGAGGGAUUCCUGGGAAGAAAUGUGGCACAAUCAUCCUGACGGCAGAAGAGCUCAGCAACUGUCGAGACAGUGCCACCAUGCAGUUCUGUGCCAACAAGCUGGACAAAAAGGACUUUUUUGGCAAGUCUGAUCCUUUCAUGGUUUUCUACAGAAGCAAUGAGGAUGGCACGUUUACUAUCUGCCACAAAACAGAGGUGGUGAAGAACACAUUAAAUCCAGUGUGGCAGCCUUUUACCAUCCCAGUGAGAGCACUCUGCAAUGGAGACUAUGACAGAACAAUCAAGGUGGAGGUGUAUGACUGGGACCGGGAUGGCAGCCAUGACUUCAUCGGGGAUUUCACGACCAGCUACCGAGAGCUAGCUCGAGGGCAAAGUCAGUUCAAUGUGUAUGAGGUGAUUAACACCAAGAAGAAAAUGAAGAAAAAGAAAUAUGUUAACUCAGGGACAGUGACCCUACUCUCGUUCUCUGUUGAGUCAGAGUUCACCUUCCUAGAUUACAUCAAAGGAGGAACGCAGAUCAAUUUCACUGUGGCCAUUGAUUUCACAGCAUCUAAUGGUAAUCCUUCCCAAUCUACUUCAUUGCACUACAUGAACCCUUACCAGCUGAACGCCUAUGCCAUGGCCCUGAAGGCUGUUGGGGAAAUCAUUCAGGACUAUGACAGCGACAAGAUGUUUCCAGCUUUAGGCUUUGGAGCAAAACUGCCUCCUGAUGGGCGAGUGUCUCACGAGUUUCCACUGAAUGGAAACAUAGAAAAUCCUUAUUGCAAUGGUAUAGAAGGGAUCCUAGAGGCAUACCAUCAAAGUCUGAAGACGGUUCAAUUAUACGGGCCAACCAACUUUGCUCCAAUAGUGAACCAUGUUGCCAGAUAUGCAGCGGCAGUGCAGGACGGCUCUCAGUACUUUGUCCUCCUAAUCAUCACAGAUGGUGUCAUUUCAGACAUGGCCCAGACCAAAGAAGCCAUCGUAAAUGCUGCCAAACUUCCUAUGUCCAUAAUCAUCGUAGGAGUUGGUCAAGCUGAGUUUGACGCUAUGGUGGAGCUGGACGGUGACGACAUCAGGAUCUCAUCCCGGGGCAAACUGGCAGAGAGAGACAUUGUUCAGUUUGUUCCUUUUAGGGAUUACAUGGACCGGACAGGAAACCACGUGCUGAGCAUGGCACGGCUCGCCAAAGAUGUGCUAGCAGAAAUCCCUGACCAGUUUAUCUCGUACAUGAAGAGCAGAGGGAUCAAACCCAAUCCUGCGCCGCCGCCAUACACUCCGCCUGGACACACACACCACCACACACAAAUCUGAGACCUUUUUCUUUGCAUUUCACUGAGGACAGAUAGCAUGCAGCAGCCAAUCAGAGUCCAGUGGGAACUCUCUACCUCCUGAUUUUAUUUUACCUAAUUUGCUGUGAACAGGAGGCCAAGCAAUGGGUGUAGAAUGUUGUGCUGUACUCUCCUAUUGACUACAGAAGCAGUAUUUUUCUUUUCCUAUUUGUUCGGUUUUGUUUCUACUGUGAUAUAUUUCUUUGUAGGCUCUCUUCAGGAGAUGCUGACCUAAUUUUUCAGGACUUGUUGCUGAAAGCCUUUCGGGCAGUGACUGUUUCACGCCUACUUUUGACAGCAGGUUGAUUCGGAGGUCAUGUUGUGGUUAAACCUUGUGCCUGUCUGUGCUUGUUUCUUUAAGUGUAUCAGGACAUUUGAACUUGACCCAGGCUCUUCUUGUCAAUCAUCAGUGUGGCCUAAUGCAGUAAUAUUUUUUUAGCCACCUUCUCCUUCUUGAAUAUGUUUUGUAUUGGGGGUUGAUCUCAAUUUCUGAUGAUAUCACAGUUCUAGCGUUUUCCAAACGACACCGCCUCCUUUCCUCUUUAAUACUAAAUGUUGGUAUGAGCAUGUCGUAUGAGAUUUACUUGCAUUUUUUAGAAUGGCAUGGAUAUUUUUUACAUCUAAUUUUGAACAAAACAAACCUAAUGAAUUUUAGCAAAAGCCAAUUAUUUUUAAGUGACUGAAUAUGAAAGCUAGCACAACUACUAUGACUGUACCAGAUGGCCAUAUACUAUUGGAGUGCUGCUAAUCAUUAAUUUUGAGGAAGUCAUUCAUCCUUGUCAAAUAUUUUACUUCCAUCACCAUCAUUUAAUACAAAGCAUGGAGAAUUAAGUAUGAAAAAAACUGGCUUCUAUUACACUGUUUGUAGGACGUUUAUUGAAAGUGUUUAUACAAACAUGUGCAGAGCAAAUCCAAGGCAUAUGCAAAAAUAAUCUGCUGCUUAGGGCCCCAAAAUCACCAGGAGUGCAUCUGUUGAAUUCUCAUACUGAUCAUAGAUCUUAGUUUUUUUCUUCUUUUUCUUGACAGUGAGCAUACUAGUAAUACAAACUGUCUCAGGACUUUCAAGAGAUUUUGAGUUAACAUAAAAAAUACAAAUAAAUGUUAUGGUUAUAUUUUAAUCUUAGCAGAAGUAGUAAAGAUACUAACUGUAUAUAAUAUACAAAGAAACAUCUUUUAACAUAGGAACUAUUUAAUCUAAUCCUUUCUGUUAAGUUUCUGAAGUGGGAUUUAUAUUUCAUGCACUGCCACUGUUUACAAAUGCAUUUCAAAAAAUCAUUGUCAAUUCUUUACAGUCAGCGGCACACACAACUAAGUAAAACUUAGAUCCAAAUAAACUUUAAACUCAACAUAUUAAAACUACACUGACCAAGCUUCUGGAUGAAAAAGUCAAACCGUUCCCAUAAAGAAGUUAAAAUGAAAGUUAUCGUCAUUAGAUGUUCUCCUUUCUGCCAUCAAUGUGUGAGUAGGAUUACAUUCAAUAGCCCAGAGCAGCUCUCUGAAUUAAGCUUGAGUAUAUAGUAUAUGAGAGUUUGAAUUAGCUAAAACGUACUGAGAUGUAAUUUCAAAGUAAGAUACUGGAUGGCAUUGUGGUGCUGGAUUGCUUUAAAGUUGCUCAUUACAGGAAAACACAAAGUGAAAAUCUUCCCAAAGCGAUGACUUGUGAUAAGUGGAGAAAAAAAUCACAUUAUAGCUCAAAAAAGUAUCAUUUGUACUCAAACUCUUACAGUGAAAGCCAUUAUUUAUUUUCUAUGCAAAUGAAUUCACUAAAAACAUUUACAAAAUCAUAUUAAUGGGAAUAAGUAAAAUAGGUUUUUUUGUUUUGUUUUGUUAGUUUUUUUUAUAAAGGGACGCCUCAUACAGAAAACUAUGACAAUGUUUGAUAUCUCCUGGCAGUAUCACCCUAAAAUAGUGCUACACCUAUUAAUAAAGACACCAUACAAAAAUAACAAUCUGUCAUGAACUGGAUUUCAUUCAUUCAUUCAUUCUAACUUAUGUCUAACUAAAUAAAUUAGAUCCUCAGUGAGUGAACAAGUUAAUAAAAAACUUAACAAUUUCAGAAAAAAAUCAGUUUCUAAUCUUUUUGUUUUUUUCAAAUUGACUUUAAUUCAGUAAAAGCCAUUUGGUGCAGGUUUUUUUUCUUCAUCCCAUCAGGAAAAAAAGUAUAUAAAUAGCAUUACAUUGAGCACUACUGUAUGUUGUCUGGUAAUAGACCUUUGACAUUUGACUUUGAACUUAAGAGGAGCAGAAAAUCUUUUUUUAUUCAAAGAAAAGUUAAGACUAAUUAAAAAAACAUUCUCUUACGAGCAAUAUCAGAAGAAAGUGACAUUUAAUAAUAAUAAUGAGUACACAUUAUUUCACUUUUUAUGUUUUUUUUAUUUCAGCUUGCGUCUUUUAUUAGGUUCCAUUAAAAAAAGUUAUAAUGAGGAUUUUGCAGAUGUUAAACCACUGAGAUGGUGGAAAUAUGCAGCAAAGCAAGAUGCUCCAUUUUUAACCUCCUCAGCAUGCAGACUUCAGAGGCAGAAAUGUAGGUCAAUGCCAUGCUGAGAUAUUUCAGCAAAAGCUUUUCAUCAGAUUUCUACAUCUGUUUCUAAAUUCUAUGAAUCUUUAUGUACCAAUUGCAGAAGCUCUGCAAAUAAAGCAAUGAUAAUCUGCUGAAUUUAAGAUUUUUUAUUCAAUAUUAUAUAUAUAUAUAUAUAUAUAUAUAUAUAUAUAUAUAUAUAUAUAUAUUCUUCUUUCUUUCCAGUGGUAUUCAGCCACCACUCCUGAGAAGUAUGUGAAUGCCUUCAAGUGUUGGAACACAAUUUACUGCAGGUUGGAAUAAUCUAGAGGACAAAACUUGGCAUCAGUAACUAUGGCUAUGGUAAAUUAAUUUAAUUUUGUUUUUUGCAAAUUUGUUCUCCAAAAGAAGAAGCAAAAACAAGAUAAUUAGAAAAUGUUUAAUUUGGGGCCGUAUUAGUUUUGUGCUUAAUCCCAUUGUUUUUGUUUUUUGUCUCAUUAUUAUACAUAGUAGUCAUUCUGCACUUCCAAUUAUUUUGUGUUGCAGUGAAAGAAUUAAAUAACAGCACAUUUUCUAGUUUGUGUCAAAGCUCUGAUGGCUCUGAUUGAUGGACCAUAAAACAAAAUGUUCCCCGUUUCUUUGAAACACACCAAAGUAUUGAAGGAACAGAAUAUAUUUCAAUUCAAAAGGCUUGGGCUGAACUGUUUAAUGUAGCGAACUAUUAAGGCCUUAAUCAUUUGAACAGUAGUCACUCCAUCCUAUUUAGUCCUGUCCUGAUACGCAGCUAAGAUGGAUGGGUAAGGUUCAGAGGAGUAGAGCAACAGCUGGUUUGCAUAUAGAGUCAAUUAAGUAUAAAUCCUACUGGAACUAAGGUUUGCCUUCAAAUCUUUUAACAUCUUACAAACACAAAGUAACAAAAGUAGUUUGACACGAUCAUGAACAAGAGUGAUCAUUAGUAGGAAAGUGUGAGUUCCUCUAAAAGUUCUUGCACUACUUGACUUUUUAAUGAAUAUAUUUUCUGUUAUUUUGCAGUUUUCUUAGGGUUAGGAUCUAAAUCAUCUUUGCAAAAGACUGUCUUGGGCUCAAACAGUCAACACAAAAAAAGCACACUUUAAAAUUGCUGUCUGACUGAAACACUUUAAAAACAUAAAUUUCCUACAGCCAUUAACAUCUAAUCUCUAAAAUGAAUGCUAACUGUAAAUGUUUUUAUAUAUUUUUUUGGAAAGAUUGCUGUAUUACAAAUAUUUGUUAAAUUUUUUAGAACAUGAGAAGCCAUUGAUCCUUUUAUCUUUUCAAGCCCUGAUAAUUCUUAUCUUUAUCAAAAGCAUGCCAUUCUUUUUUCUAUGCCUUCAUCUGUUGGAGGAAAAAAUACACAGUCCAUCCAGAAUACCAGUAUUUCUGCACCAAAUGCGGCAGUGAAAAUGGACUGCAAGGAAUUUGUUCUCUCUUGUGCCUGACUCCUGAAACUUUCCCGUCUCAUCAGUGUUUAUAAAGAAUAAAAUAAAAGAGCUGUAGCUAGUUUGCAUGUUACAGUUAACACCUUUUGUUAUUUGUUUAUCAUUAUUUUUGGUCUGAUUCCACUGUUUAUAUCUUUAUUAUUUAGGUUUAUUAAGUUCUCUGUUCUGCAUGACUCGGCUUCACGUUUCAAGAGUUUUUAUUGUACAUGAUUAGUGUCAUAUGGUGGGUUGUGAAAUGCUUUGUAUUGGAUUGCCUUAAAUCAAAAUUAUUAAAACCUGACUACUUUUAUAAAA